CUGCGCGCGCACCAUCCCCUCCCUUUCCGGCGCAACUACAGCUCUCAAAAGGCACCGCGCGCCCUUGCCCCUCGGCACUGCGCAGGAGCGGAGUCGUGUACGUUUCCGCGGUGCGUCUAGGCGAGCGCGGUUUGUAGUUGGGUUUGGGUCCUGUCCUGCAGGGCGUCGCGGUUUACUGGUUGGCUUGUGGCUCGACAGGCGGCCGCAGUGUGUAAAGCUCUGCGCGAGGACUAGCGGUGACAACGGCCGAGGAGAUUCCCCGCCCUGACCCGCUAGUAGGGAAGAUGCGCAGCGAACGUGUUCUGAGACAGAAGUACUCCCACCGCCACACCGACGAGAUGGGCGAGGAGGCCAACGAUGACAAGAAGCCCACGACCAAAUUCGAGCUGGAGCGAGAAACGGAACUGCGCUUCGAGGUGGAGGCGUCGCAGUCGGUUCAGCUGGAGCUGUUGGCCGGCAUGGCAGAGAUCUUUGGCACGGAGCUGACCCGAAACAAGAAGUUCACCUUCGACGCUGGGGCCAAGGUGGCAGUUUUCACUUGGCAUGGCUGCUCCGUGCAGCUGAGCGGCCGCACCGAGGUGGCGUACGUCUCCAAGGACACCCCGAUGUUGCUGUACCUCAACACUCACACGGCCCUGGAGCAGAUGCGGAGGCAGGCGGAAAAGGAAGAGGAGCGUGGGCCCCGGGUGAUGGUCGUGGGCCCCACGGAUGUGGGCAAAUCCACCGUGUGUCGCUUGCUGCUCAACUACGCAGUGCGCCUGGGCCGCCGUCCUACUUACGUGGAGCUGGAUGUGGGCCAGGGCUCCGUGUCCAUCCCCGGCACCAUGGGGGCCCUGUACAUCGAGCGGCCGGCAGAUGUGGAGGAAGGGUUCUCCAUCCAGGCCCCGCUGGUCUACCACUUUGGCUCCACCACUCCUGGGACCAACAUCAAGCUGUAUAAUAAGAUCACAUCUCGCUUAGCAGAUGUGUUUAACCAGCGGUGUGAGGUGAAUCGGAGGGCCUCUGUGAGCGGCUGCGUCAUAAACACGUGUGGCUGGGUCAAGGGCUCAGGUUACCAGGCGCUGGUGCACGCGGCCUCUGCCUUCGAGGUGGACGUGGUGGUGGUGCUGGACCAGGAGCGACUGUACAACGAGCUGAAGCGGGACCUGCCUCACUUUGUGCGCACCGUGCUGCUCCCGAAGUCCGGGGGCGUGGUGGAGCGCUCCAAGGACUUCCGGCGGGAGUGCAGGGACGAGCGCAUCCGUGAGUACUUCUAUGGUUUCCGGGGCUGCUUCUAUCCCCACGCCUUCAACGUCAAAUUUUCAGAUGUGAAGAUCUACAAAGUGGGCGCCCCCACCAUCCCUGACUCUUGUCUGCCGCUGGGCAUGUCACAAGAAGACAACCAGCUCAAGCUGGUGCCCGUCACGCCCGGCCGGGACAUGGUGCACCACCUCCUGAGCGUCAGCACGGCCGAGGGCACUGAGGAGAACCUCUCGGAGACCAGCGUGGCCGGCUUCAUCGUGGUGACCAGCGUGGACCUGGAGCACCAGGUGUUCACCGUGCUCUCUCCAGCGCCCCGGCCCCUGCCCAAGAAUUUCCUGCUCAUCAUGGACAUCCGGUUCAUGGAUCUCAAGUAGAGGUGGGCAGCAAGCCACGCCCUCCGGAGCACGGGCCAUCCUCUGGCGACAGCCAGAGGACAUAUGGGCAGAGGAGGGGCGAGGCCGGCUGUCCUGGAGACAGCGCCAGGGAAGCAUACAGCCUCGCUCUGGGCCAGACUCUUCCAAUCUGGAACCAAAAGGGGGGCCCUCAAGAAGAAAUUGCCUUUUUUAGGUCACCCAAGAUGCCAUUUGGAACUCUGAGAUCUCGGAGAAUUUUGUUUUUUUUCAAGGUGCUUCCACAUGGACUGUUUUUAUUACCACUUUAUAUGAAAUGUAUACGACUGGCUGUCUUACUGAUUCAGGACAAGAGUGUAAAUUGGAGGGAUUCUUUUCAAUAAACUUCAAAUAAAAAAUUAUUUUAAUAUAUUUGCUAUA